GUGGCUUACUAGAAAAUCCCCAUAUUGGAUCACUUGUCAUUUCAUAUGUGUUAUGGCGUCGAAAUUGAUAUAAGUGUACAAAACUUUUGUGAUAUUAGAUGAUACGGGAUUUUAAGUGUUUUUAAAACGUUUAGAUCAUUAUGGUUAAGAGACCUAAUAUCCGCAGACGAAAAAUAAAAUUUCGUACUGACGGUAUCAACUUAUAACUGGGAUUAAUAGUUUGCAUAUCUGAUCAUCAUUAUAUAAACAAAGAUUUGCCGAUAUCAUGGCACAAGUAGGGGGCCAAAAAAGGAGGGGAAUCAGUAGUGGUGACCCGUCGGCUUCAACAAGCUCCACCACGCAACUUUCCGCCAUUGGUACAGCACCAGGCACUUUGACUGACGAGCUGGCAGCACUGUUCGAGUGUCCUGUAUGUUUUGAAAUUGUUCUUCCUCCUAUUAUGCAAUGUCAGGUCGGGCAUUUGGUUUGUGCUAGCUGUAGACCAAAAUUGUCUUGUUGUCCUACUUGCAGAGGUACUUUAGGAAAUAUUAGGAAUUUGGCGAUGGAAAAGGUAGCAAACAAUUUAAUGUUUCCAUGUAAACAUAAAUCGACUGGAUGUAGGAUGUCUCUAGGUUUGAAUGAAAAAGCUGAACACGAGGAGAUUUGCGAAUUUCGUCCUUAUAGUUGUCCGUGUCCUGGGGCUUCAUGUUCUUGGCAGGGCCAAUUGGACAAAGUUAUGGUCCACCUUCAACAUGCCCACAAAAAUAUCACGACAUUGAAUGGAGAAGACAUUGUUUUUCUCGCGACGGAGAUUAAUCUCGCUGGGGCUGUGGAUUGGGUGAUGAUGCAAAGUUGCUUUGGACACCAUUUUAUGUUGGUACUAGAAAAACAGGAAAAGAGCGACGGCCAUACUCAGUUCUUCGCGAUUGUACAGUUGAUAGGGUCUAGGAAGCAAGCCGAACACUUUGCGUAUAGGUUAGAGUUAAAUGGGAAUAGGAGACGUCUUAUUUGGGAGGCAAUGCCGAGGUCCAGCCACGAGGGUGUCGCGUCCGCCAUCAUGGGCUCGGAUUGUUUAGUAUUCGAUAAUUCGAUUGCGCAGCAUUUUGCUGAUAACGGAAACUUGGGUAUAAAUGUUACCAUUUCGUUAGUUUGCUAGGUACACAAUGUCCGUUUUUUAUAAGUCAUAGCAUACGAAAAAUAAAUGUCGAACAAAAUCUCGAUUCAAAAUCGACUAACAUUUGAUUUUGUUGAUAUUUUGUUUUUUCUUAACAUACGCCUUCUUCCACUUAUAUCGAGUCAAUCAUCGAGCUACUGCGCAGUCGCGGAUUUCCCCCUCUCCAAUGCUCAAGCAUGGAUAAUCAUUUUUGUUAGAAUGUUAAGAAAAAACUAAACCCUUUAUUAUUUUUGUUUAAAAAGUACUGAAUUUUAGCUGUCUAUGUUGUUUAGUUUAAAUGUUAUAAUUAUAGAAUAUGAAAUUAACAGGCUGGCUUUGUUUUCCUUUUUUUUCUUUACCAUUUCUUUUAAACUUCUAAAACCCUGGCUGGAUUUAUAGAGUGAUAUAAACGUGAAUUUUCAAAAAUUAUUUUGUAAAUAAUUAAAAAUGUAUCAAUGUAUAAAUUUUGAGUAUUCCAAACCAUUGCCUGGAAAGUAAUUAAUAGAGUGACAUGGAUUGUACAUAAAAUAAGAGCAGGAUUCCAUAUCACCCGUUUUUUUUUAAUUUUAUAUUUUAUAAUGAUUUUAUUUGUUUAUAUUUUGUUAGGCAUGCCACAACACUAUUAUUGGGUAAUAACCAUCAUUUUGAUGAACUUAUUUAAUUAAGACUUCGGGGCUAAAUUAUGUCAUAUAAUUUUUGACUGAAUAAGAUUCAAUUCAAUACAGUAGUUUUUUGUACAAAGCAGCUUCGCGAAUAUUAAACACAUUGUUUCAUCCCAAUAAGGCAUUAACUAACACUUGUGAUAUAUAAGUACAGUUAAUCAUAACUUUAAUUUGAAAUGUGGAAAUUGAAAAAUUUCCAAACACCAUAUGAGUGGCACAGUGCCAUCCUUGCCUCUUCCUAAAAUUCUUAUAUCUGUAAAUGCCAAUGUAGCCCAUCUAUGAGCAACUUUGACAAUUAAAACAUUCUUUAUUUUUUAUUACCAUUUUACUUUGUCUCUUUAUUUUAUAAAUAAUCAAUUGGGGUUUAGGCAAGGAUGGCACUGAGCCACUCAAAUGUCUUGAAGUAUCAUUAAGAAUUAAUCUUUAAAAUAAAAGUAAUCGCCAAGUUAUUUUUUUAUUUCAAGAUACAUAUAUUUUUAUCUAUAUUAGUUUUUUGACGAUAUACUUUUAUUUUCCUGUGCAUAAUUAUAUUUAGAUGUUUCUUUCUUAUAUUUUAAAUGUAUGUUUGAUAAAUUUAUUGCUUAAGGAAAUGUAUUUGCAAUAAAAUAAAAUUAAUGUUUAU